CGUUGCCAUGACAAUUAUUGGGCUCCGUUCGGAAAAGACGCCGCACAUAGACGUACAGCAAAGGACGAGGCGCUUGCUAGAAAAAUGAUAAAAACAACCUAUCCGUCGCAACAAAAGUCCGUCUCUUAAAGCUGCUCCAACUACGCAGGCACUUUUUCCACUAUCUGCCGUCCAAUAAAGAUGGAAGCGUCGCCGCAGGACGACACUCCUGCCGGUGCUUUCGCGAAGACCGAGGAACUCGACCAGGGAGAGGAUUUGAAAGCCUCUGACGAAGCGAUCACAUUCAUGUCCAGCAUCGAGCCCGCAGAGCUGCAGGAGUGUGUGUUUCCAGACUCUCUGGUCACCGUGUCGGAGAGCGGCCGGGACCUGGGCAGGUUCAGCGUGUCGGUGGAGUUUGCCCGCAGAGCCCAGCAGCCCUGUGUGCUGCUGCAUGCUCAGAGCCAGGGAGCCAUCGAUGACUGCCCCUGUGGAACAACAGUCACAGCCUACCUGACCACCGACCUGGAGGUCCUGGAGGAAAAUUACCAUGAGUAUGUCAAGCUUGAGGGCCACAGUUUGGACAAGAGGUGUCACAUGGUGCAGCGUGAUGGGCAGAUGGUGAUCGAUAAAGUUACCGCUGUAGGAGAGGAUGUGACGACAGAGCGCAUUUCUUACCCCAUGCCUGUCCUAAGAGGGCUGCUGACCGAGGGUUCAAACCUGCUGCUGAUGCGCCUGAUCGCUCUGAGGAAGAAGGUGCCAGAACACAUGACCUUCAUCUCCUUCGACCAGGGACUACAAAUCAUCCACACCACUUUUGGCGAACUGGGUCUGAAGCAGCUGGAGGUUGGGAGUGAGAUGGUGGAGGUGUUUGGAGUGGAGAGGAUUGUUCACUCAGUGGAGGACAGCCCCACGACCUGGCACUGCUACUUCCUGGCUGAUGGGCACUUGGCCAGCAGAGUGCAGGUGGGCUCACCGGUCACCAUAAGACUUCUGCAGCUGCCAUCACAGCUAGAAAAAGGUUUUGAGAAGAUCCCCCUGGUUUGGGAAGAAGACAUGCAGAUGCGCUCCAGCUUCUUGGACAGAAAGGAGGAGCUGAGGGAGGAUCAUGCCUCGUACCUGAGACAACAUCCCGAGAUUCGUGCCCUAAUUUCGGACUUCUUGCAGUUCUUGCUUCUAAGGAAACCAGAUGAUGUCUUCCAGUUUGCUAGAGAGUACUUCCUCCCUUUUGCCUCCCGCCCUCCUCCAGAACCAAGCCUGAAAUCCCCUUCACUCUGAGAGCAACCUUUGUGUAUCUUUAUAUUUUUGUCUGACAUUUCAAAAUUGCACUUGGGUUGGUCUUUAUUUCUGAGUGACUCAUGACUAGUAGUAUAGUUGGGAACAACACCUUUCUUACCUGAGACCUCAACUGAGCUGUGUGAUCUUGCUAAGAAAAAAAAUACUUGAAGUAAUGUGAGUAAAGUGGUUUAUUUAAAACUGUGUUUGUAGUUUUAUUUUGUUAAAUUAAAAAUGUCAAUCUUG